UUAAAUUAAGUGGGAUCGAAAGUGCAAGGGUAUAUAGAAUUCAUGGGUUGGUGCCCUGCAAUUGCCUGAAAGGAGACACUAAACUUCAGCAUCCUCUCGAAUUCAUCGGUGCCGCUGCUGCUGCUGCUUUUAAACAUCCAAAAUUUCAAGCUUGAGUCAGGGUGACGACGAUGGGACUGGAAACAAACAUCGCAGCAAGCAUAACUAAUAUUCCCAUUGGUGAUCCCAAGACAUUCGUAUUUAUAUAUUGCUGUUGGAAGCUGGAUGACACUGGCCGAAGCUACCUGAUCAGUACUGGUACUGGUGAUGGUGUCUGUGUCAAUUGGAAAUUUCACUAGGUGCCUAGUAUUUUCAGAUAAUUUGUACGCACAGCCCUGUCAAAGUAGACAGAUUUCCCUUUCCUAGGCAUCUCAGGCAUACCAUCUUUGACUGAAAUUUGAACUUGUUCCAACUCCAGGUCAUGGAGGAAAGCAUGUUGCAGUAGUAACAAUUACUACUUGGGUAAAGAAAUUCAAUUACAUUGUAUUGGGGAGUAAUGCAAGGAUCAAAGGCCAAAGCAACAUCAAAGGAGUGGGAACAAAACCGUGGAAGUCGCACAAAUUGCUCGGUACUUGUAACUGAGUGAUGUUUUAGAUACCAAUUUGUUGUCUCUAAUACGCAAAAGCCUGUUACAACAUUCCCUUAAAUCAGAUGUAGGAAAACACUUAGAAACCCAUCAAACUAAAGAAGGGAUAAAGGAAUCUAUAGUUGUCACGCCAAAUUGCUGUUAAGGAUAGGAGCUCACCAGGUGUGCAACAACAGGUUGUUGCUUGGAGAAUUUCGGCAUUCCAUAAUCAUCUACCACAGACUGCCAUGCUUUGGAAACGCAUCUGAAUCUAGCAACAACUUUUGGUGACAGCUUGCGUAGAAUCUCAAUUAUCAGGUCAUUCGGCAUCUCAGCACCAUCGUUCUUCUCCAUCAUUGGCCCCCGCUUCUGCUUUUCCAAUGCCAACCAAUUAUAUGAGCCAGGAAAACCUAUUUCCUAUACAAUUCCCAGCCUGUCAAGGAUUGCUGAAGGGCGGUAAUUUGCCAUUUUUUUUUUCUUAAACCUCUUUCUAUAGAAUUUUAUGUACUUAAUAUUCAGCUCCUUUUAUCCAAAUGCCAUGGCCUCCUUAUAAACAAAAGAAAAAGGGGGAGGUUAGCUUCAUCUCAUCCGCCAAUCGCAUCUCAACAGCAAAGUUAACGACCUUGAGGAUGGCUUGCUCUCACUCUGCCCAAAACCCAGUGAUUGAGCAGCAGAGAGUGAUAAUUCCAAACAAGUAUGGAGAAAAAUUGGUGGGUUUGUUGCAUGAAACUGGGUCUAAAGAGAUUGUAAUCUUAUGUCAUGGUUUUAGAUCCAGCAAGGACUACAACACUAUGGUGAACCUUGCUGCUGCUUUAGAGAAAGAAGGAAUCAGUGUCUUUCGUUUCGACUUUGCAGGAAAUGGAGAAAGUGAAGGUUCAUUUCAGUAUGGUAACUAUUUCCGAGAAGCUGAUGAUUUACAUGCUGUAAUUCAACACUUUUCUAGGGAAAAUCGUGUGGUGAGUGCAAUUCUUGGGCAUAGUAAAGGAGGAAAUGUGGUGCUUCUCUAUGCUUCUAAGAAUCAAGAUAUCCGUAUUGUUAUCAAUGUUUCUGGUCGCUACAAUGUGAAGCGAGGCAUUGCAGAACGAUUGGGAGAAGAGUUUAUGGAAAUAAUUAAGAAGGAUGGAUACAUUGACGUUAAGAAUAUGACAGGAGGUGUGGAAUACCAAGUGACAGAGGAAAGUUUGAUGGAUCGCUUAAGAACAGAUAUGCAUGAAGCUUGCCUUAAGAUUGAUAAAGAAUGUGGGGUCUUGACAAUCCAUGGAUCUGCUGAUGAGAUAAUUCCCCUUGAAGAUGCAUUGGAGUUUGCCAAGAUUAUACCUAAUCACCAAUUACACAUCAUAGAAGAAGCCAAUCAUGGAUACACCUCGCAUCAAACUGAGUUGGCAUCAAUUGUUCUUAACUUUAUAAAGUCAGCCUUGGAGCAAGACAAAGUUAUUUCGAAAUAGGCAGUUUUAUGUGAACAAUGGAUAAGCUUUUCAUUUGAAAUUCUUCAACUUGAUGUUGGGCAUUUAAAUUUUUCUCCUCACAACAAACAAGAAACAGGUGACUGGUGGAAUAUUUCAGCAAUGCAUAAGCCCUGCAGCUGUUAUUGAUCUCAGUUUACCAGGGAAAUGUUACAAGAGCAUGCCUAGUUGGAUCUCGACCACUCCUACUAUUUGUGUUUUUGAGCACCCAUUUACAUGGGGUGCGAUAGUGAAGAAAGCCAGUUACCAGAACAUCAUAUUGCUUCAAACCAAUAAAGAAUACAGAAGAUUGGAGAAAAAUAAAUAAACAAACCUUUUGUUGGCUCAACGUAUUUACAGCAUAACUAAAAGAACCUACAAGCUACAAGCUUCUAAAAUUUGAUCAUACCCUAACACUUCGCUGCACAAAAGGGCAAUUACCAAAUAAUGUUAAUGCAAAUAACAAUUCUAUGAUCUCCAUUGCUAGAUGGCCUUUCCCUUGUUCAAUGCCUGGAAUGUAAAAGCAUGUCUUGUUAAAAUUUCUGGUGCGGCCAUGUAGAAUCAGAGGUGGAGUAACUACUAAACUUGUCUUUCUGGCAUAUCGUCCUUUUGCUGAUGACCAUCAUCAUCGCCAGUGUCGUAUGUUUCUAGAUAUUCCACUUCACAUUUGUCCCGGUUCAAAAAAAAAAAAAUGCAUUUGCUAUCACAAUCAGUGCAUGGGAAAUAUACCAUCCUAACAUAAGAGUAAGAAACCUACUUGACAGGUUUCGACAUCAGAAAAUUGAACUGAGACU